GUGACGCCACAGCUGCGGGGCGGAGGCGACGCUGUCAGAGGGGAGGCUCCGAGUGCCGCCACCGCCAGACCCCCCGGCUAAGAGACGGCGAGGGUCUCUGACCCCGUGCGCUUAUCCGUGGUGGUCCGCCCACGUUGAGUCCCGCGUGAAGAUGGCAGACGAUCUCGGAGACGACUGGUGGGAGAACCAGCCAGCUGGAGCAGCCAGCAGCCCAGAAGCAUCAGCUGGUGAAGGAGGAGGAGACGUAGAAAUGAUGCAGCCGGAGACAACUCCAGUUUCUGCCCCAUCAGAGAAAACCAAACAGCCUAAGGAAUGUUUCUUGGUACAACCAAAGGAAGCAAAUGAAGAUACCACCAAGACCAGGAAGAGGAAAAAGAAGAAAAUUACUGACAUUCUCGCAAAAUCAGAGCCCAAACCAGGGACACCUGAAGACCUGCAGAAACUAAUGAAGGACUAUUACAGCAGCAAUCGCUCAGUGAUUGAAUUAGAAGAACUUAAGCUACCAGACUCCUGUUUCCUCAAGGCCAACGAUUUGACUCACAGUCUUUCAUCGUACCUAAAAGAAAUCUGUCCUAAGUGGGCAAAGCUUCGGAAAAACCAUACUGAGAAGAAAUCAGUCCUGAUGCUGAUCAUCUGCAGCUCUGCCGUCCGAGCCCUGGAGCUCAUUAGGUCAAUGACAUCAUUCAGAGGAGACAGCAAAGUUAUGAAAUUAUUUGCAAAACACAUAAAGGUCCGGGAGCAGGUAAAGUUGCUGGAGAAGCGUGCCGUGCACCUGGGUGUAGGAACUCCAGGGAGGAUUAAAGAACUCGUUAAACAAGGUGGCCUUAACUUGAACCCCUUAAAGUUUCUGGUUUUUGACUGGAAUUGGAGAGAUCAGAAGUUGCGGAGGAUGAUGGACAUUCCCGAGAUAAGAAAGGAGGUUUUUGAACUUCUGGAAACGGGAGUCCUCAGUCUGUGCAAAUCAGAAUCUUUGAAGCUGGGCCUUUUCUAAGUCUGUGUCUUCAUGAGAAUCCCAGUUUUCACUGUGGGAUUUGCAUCUCGUUUAAUGGCUCUGGCAACACUGCAUACUCUCAGUACAUAUCAGCUGUUGUGUUCCUGUGUGAGCUGCAUCACCACGUGGAUUGCUGGGAAUAUUUGAUGGGGAUCCUUUGACCAAAAUGAGUGUGUCCUCCUGGCUGGUGUGGCUCAGUGGAUUGAGUGCCAGCCUGCAAACCAAAAGGUGGCCUUUAGGAUUCCCAGUCAGGGCACAUGCCUGGGUUGCGGGCCAGGUCCCCAGUAGAGGACGCACAAGAGGCAACCACACACUGAUGUUUCUCUCUCACUCCCUUCCCUUCUCUCUAAAAAUAAAUAAAUAAAUAAAAUCUUUUUUAAACAA